AUGGGAUUAACCAAAGUUUCAGUAGCUAUUUGCCUUUUAUCUUUAACUCUAGCUCAUGUUUCCAGGGCCCAGAACUCCCCUCAGGGGUACCUUAGCGUUCACAAUGCAGCUCGUGCACAAGUUGGGGUUGAACCAAUCACUUGGGACCCCACUCUUGUAGCCUAUGCAAUGGAAUAUGCUAUUAAAAGGAUUGCAGACUGUGAAUUGAUUCAUUCAGAUGGACCCUACGGUGAGAACCUUGCCAAAUUCUCUUACGCCAUUACUGGAGCAGAAGCAGUGAAAUCGUGGGUUGAUGAGAAGCCUAACUACAACUACGCUGCCAACAAAUGUAUUGGUGGAGACUGCUUGAAUUAUACUCAGGUGGUUUGGCGAAACUCAACUCAUCUUGGUUGUGCUACAUUUCAGUGUAAUAAUGGCUGGUGGUUCGCGACUUGCAACUAUGAUCCUCCAGGGAACUAUGUAGGAGAACGUCCCUACUAAUCACUUAGCCAGUUUCUUUGUUAAUUGAUCUUUUAAGAUCUACAAUAAAGUAAUAAUACUAUGUUUUGAUUGAUGCAAUAUUGAAAUAUAUUACGUU